UGCGAAACUUCUGCACUCCUGACCAAAUAUUCUGGUAAUAACAAGCAUCUCCAUCUUUCUAAUAUGCACUGUAGCUGACACGGCGAAGAACAUCAAGAAAUCAUGAAGGUCUUCCUCCUUUUACUCCUCGUCGUUGCGUUGGCUGUAACCGACGCAGGCCUCCCUGCUUCCCCAGUCAGCCGUAGAAGUGCUGAACCGGAUAAUCCUGCUAUCUGUGAGCUGCCGAAAGAACAAGGAUCGUGCGCCGACUUCGAGUACAGGUUCUAUUACGACCUUCAAAACAGGAACUGUGAUGCGUUCGCCUACAGUGGUUGCCAUGGAAACGAAAACAACUUCGCGACUUUCGAGAUGUGCGACGCUACUUGCGGAAGAAAACGCACAAUUGACAUUUGUGAUCUAAGCCCAGAUAAAGGACCCUGCAAGGGAUACUUCCAGAUGUUUUACUUCGACCCCGAAACGAAGAGCUGCAAGGAAUUCAUCUACGGCGGUUGUCAAGGAAACGGGAACAACUUCGAGACGAAGGAUGAGUGUAUCAUUGCUUGCGAAGGAAAUCCAGAUGAGCUGAGUGAGUAACCUUCUGCACAUGACUGACGAGGGGAAAGAAAAGGUUCUUGCAAUAAAGCUCAAAAUGACUGGAAUGAA